ACAAGUCCUCUCCUCCGAAUUGAUGUUGUUUCGCGAGACAACGACCUAUCGCCCUCGAUUUCGCACAGGUGACAAGUCAUGUGAGGCAGUGAAGAGGGAGUGUGAGCUCUACGCCUCAACCAUCUUCUCGGCUCGCAAAAAGGCCUUGCCGGGCGCCUAGGGGGUGUCCCACUCGCUCCCCUCGUCAUCUCUCGCUCUCGCGCCAUAAAUCCUGUACUCUCCGCUACAAAUCUCACUUGCCUUCCUCCUCUAAAACCGCCAUGAGAGCGCGCACGGCGCUCCCAGGUUCCGUCCUCCCGCCUUGUCGCUUCCGCUCGUGCCGAGCACCCGCGCUCUCGGCGCGGUCUCGCGACUGAAAAGCCAUGUCCGUCGCGGGCGCCGCCGACAAGGUGAUGCCACCGCCGGCGUGCGACUUCUGCGCCGGCCUGCCGGCGGUGGUGUACUGCCGGGGCGACUCCGCCAGGCUCUGCCUGCCGUGCGACCGCCACGUCCACGGCGCCAACACGGUGUCCAGCCGCCACGCCCGGGCGCCGCUCUGCGCCGCGUGCCGCGCCGCCGCGGCCGCGUUCCGCCGCGGCGGCGCCGUCUUCCUCUGCGCAAACUGCGACUUCGAGGAGGAGCGCCAGCGGGACGGCGACCCGCGGCCGCUCCACGAUCGUGGCGCGGUGGAAAGCUACGCCGGCUGCCCCUCCAUCGCGGAGCUCGCCGCGAUCCUCGGCGUCGGCGGGUGCGAGAAGGCGGAGGCCGCGGCCGGGCACGGGCACGGGGACGGGUGGUGGCCCGCCUGGGAGGAGCCACAGGUUCUCCGCCUGGAGGACGUGAUCGUGCCCACCACCUCCUGCCAUGGCCUCCAGCCGCUCCUCACGCCAUCCUCCCCAAAGAACCCGAGCUCCGGCGGGAAGCUGACCGAAGAGGUAAUCCGGCAGCUGGGGGAGCUCGCCAAGUCCGAGGCGGCGGCGAUGGCUUUCUCGGAGGCGGAGCCAGCCGACGGUGAGCAGCUGCCUUCGUGGGCUUCGUCAGAGUACGGCGAUUUCGGGGCUUUCGACAACGAUGCUUGCCAUGAGGCAGCAAGCAUGGCCGUGCCUUCUUGUGAGCAGGAAGCGUGGGUCGCGACCGACGGCGACGGCGGCGCGUGCAGGGAGGCGCGCGAGCAAGCGCCGGCGCCGGCGAGCUCGUUGGCCGAGCCGUGCCUGCUGUCCUCGUUCGUGGAGAUGUCAGAGAUCUGCCCCAGCAUGACCCUCCGCAGCAGCAGCGUCGGCGUCGACAGCGGCAGCAGCAGCAAGCGAGACGCCGCCGAAGCGGCCCCGCAGCAGGCCUCGCCGGCGCCGGCGAAGAAGGGCGGCUACGACGUGGCCUACCCCGACCGCGGCACGGUGAUCUCGCGCUACAAGGAGAAGCGGAAGAACAGGAGGUUCGACAAGCAGAUCCGGUACGAGUCGCGCAAGGCCCGCGCCGACGGCCGGCUUCGGAUCAAGGGCCGGUUCGCCAAGUCCGGCGAGGCCUGAUGGCAUCGAGGGAUGCUUGGCGGCGAAUGGGGCGAUCGACCGAUGGUGACCUCGGCAGCUAGGGUGGCCCGGGCACGGCGGAGAAGGGGGACCGUGGGGCCGGCGCGUGCGUGCGUAGCAGAGCUCGGCCCGUGUUGUUGGUGCCAUUGAAGACGAUGAUGCUCUGUUGUGCGACUUGCGAUCAGAAAUAAUCAGCCACCACUAUGUUGUUUUCCUGGUUUUGUUUCCUGGUGACGCACCACUAUUUGUCUAAGCAGCGAGCCUGCAUGUUCCCAUCCCAACGACAAUUCCACGCAGGGACUAAGAGCAACUCCAACAGAUUGAUUUUUUCUUUUUCCUUUUCUCAUCUUACAGAGGAAUCCCUCGUCACAAUUUUAGUUUAUUGGGGGAGAUGUGCUCUAGCA